AUGGCAAGAAGAGCCCUGGUAUCUUCUAUAAUUGUAGUGUUGACUAGUUUUAUCAUAAUGCAUGCUUAUGGAGAGAACUCUUUGCCUCGGUUUUCCAGUGGUCAUUAUCAUGACCAAAUGCAAAAAAUGGAAGCGUAUAAGGCCUCGCUCCUUCGACGUGAUUUGAUCUCUAUAUCACCUAGCUCGAUGUUUCCAUCGCCUAGCUUUGCGUCAUCACCAUCACCGUCACAGUCAACCCAAGUGGGCAAAACAAACAUUACAGAACCACUUCUUGGAGCAAUAUCAGAUGCAUUUGAUGGUCCUAGCAAUGGCUUCUUGAUGGAAGGGAUUGUUAAUCUUGGUGGUUCACAGGUUAAUCUUGAAGGUGGAACUUACAUAGUUAGCCGUCCCCUGAGGUUUCCAGUGGCCAGCCGAGGUAACUCAUGGUCAAGAAUGGCAUCUGGUGAUGAAAAGGCAGUGAAACCUAAUUAG